UUUAAGUUAUUAAAUAUAGUUUAUAUAAGUUGAUUCUGUAUCAUAGCUAUCGGAUCUAUAUUUAGAAUAUGGCAGAUCUCGUGUAUCACGUGAUCAAAUAGACCAAUCAGUAUUAAGCUGUAUAGCAUCACUGCAUCAGUUUUGAAGUUCUUCUGUGGCUAAACAAAUUUCUUAGAUUCCUUCGGAAUAUUAUUCAAGGAUUUAUCACUUGUGCAUAUUUAUUUGUGUUCAUUGAACUUACGGUAUAUACACCAAACUGCGAAUUUGAACCUCGACAUGUGAAUGUGAGCGUGGGUGUUGAUACGGACACGCUCUAUUUGCAGUUUCCUUCAGAUUCUAGGAUAUUGUUUCUGUUUAUAUCGCUAAUAUUCAGUGUAACAUUACUGUGAUUAGUACCUUCGUUACAGUUAAACUUCGAAUGUGAACAGUGACAGGCUAAUGUGCGCAUGCUUUGUUUAAAUUGUCACGCUCCAGUUACCGAGUUUAUUACAAUCUUUAUGUGAUUACUGUGACUAAGCUACGCGUCAUAUCUUCUAAAAUGCCAGGAAGGAAACGAAAACAAAACGCUACAACAGCGCCAGUUAGGCAGAGACAAGUCAGACCCCGUCACGAAAACAAUUCGCGAUGGAAUUUGAACGAGCCUGAAAAUUGGUCUACUUCAGAAUUGUUUAAUAAACUGAGAGAAGCCAAUAUAAUCUUGCCAUCAAAUUUGAAGAAAGCUCAACUCGUGCAAAUAUUUAAGGACAAUGUUCUGAAUAAAGACAGAAGUGGCUCAACGGACGAUUCAAGGGAAAUUCAGGUUCAGGACCGAGAGGUAAAUGUUCAAUAUGGCGAAUUGAAUUUACUUCCGGCAUCUUCAAUCAACAAUCCCGAGAACGAGGCUGGGCGGAUGUCAACAAAUGAUCCAUUCCUUAGGCACCAAGACGAGGCUGGGCGGAAGCAGGUAGAACUGUCAAAUGCUGUCCAAAACAUACAACGAUCAGUUGAGCAUCUCGCAAAUGAGAUUAGCACACUCAAGCGCCGCGGCGUUUCCAACCAGGACAAUGAGCCCUCAGGAUCAGGAAAUUUCACAAUUGACGCACCUACGCCAAGAAUAUCUUCCGACUCCGUCCCUCAUAUAGAAACGGUAUCGUCAAAUCUGCGAAACCAGAUCAUGCAAGGUAAGGAUGUCAACUUGGCUCUACUUCUUAUGCCCCACGAAAUUGAGGAGAAUAGUCUACAUGACAGCGAUGGGCGCUUCAUCGUAAUUAAAAACAACACUGACCCCAGAUUACAAAGAAAUCUGACUUUAAGCGAGUUUAUAGUGGCAUUCACUAAGUAUCGGAACAUCCUAUGCGAAUUCUUUCCAGAGAGAAGGUCCGAGUUAGAUGCAUACUUAAGGGAUAUCAUUGAAAUGGCAUCCACCACUAAGGGGUCGGCUUUUUACGAUUACCACAAAGCAUUUUCAGCAAGGGCCAGUACACUUCUACAACAGAGAAACAUCAGAAUUGAUUGGGCUAUUAGAGACACAAAACUAUUUACAACCAUAUUUGCCGGACAGACUAUUAAUCGUUGUGAAAUGUGCAAUAGUGUCACACAUUCGUCCCACUUCUGCCCCAGAAUUAAACACAACACCUUGCAAUCCCAGUCAAGCGCAUCACAACAAAAUCCGCAAACAUCUAGUCUGUGUGAUGUUCAGGGCAGGCCUAGGAUUAAACAUAAGGGCAAAGAAAUUUGCAACAAUUUUAACAGUGUGACAGGGUGUCAGAGGAAAGCGUGCAACUUAGUCCACAUAUGUUCAGAAUGCAAAUUCAACAACCACGCAGCACCCACGUGCAACAAACUGAAAGCCAAGCAAAGUAUCACCAGUGAAAAGGCGUGACUAUUAGAUGACAAAUCCCACUCAGGAAAUAUUGUUUCAGAUUUUAAGGUGACCAAAUUCCGACAGGCUGCCCCUCAAGCAGAAAAGAACCCAGUUAUGAUUCCUGCAAUGCAAGAACUCGUACUAUAUUAGAGGAAGAAGCUGAAAGAUUGUGUGAAAAUUCUUUGAGUGAAAGCACAAAAAGCACAUACAGACAUGGUUAUAAGAUCUUUUGUCAAUUUCUAUCAUCUAUUGGAAUAGCAGCAACCGACUACAAGCCAACACCCAUUUCAGAACAAACUCUCAUCCUAUUUGUCACCCACUGCAACAAGGCAUUAGGACUUGGAUACAGCACUAUCAAACUAUAUUUGGCUGCAGUUAGAUUUUAUUAUGUCAAGGCAGGCAUCCACAACCCAAUGUCCUCUUCCUAUAUAGACUGCUGCGCAAAACUUCAUAUGGUUUUACGAGGGAUUAAGAAACACAAUCAUCAAAAAGAGAGACGAAGACCAAUUACAUACAAAAAUUUUACUUCAAAUUCAUACCAUCUUGCAAAGAGGAAUGUAUGGAAAAUUUCUUGAUUCUAUGUUGAAGGCAGCAUUUUCUCUGGCCUUCUUUGCGUUCCUUAGGUGUGGUGAAUUCACAGUUAAAAAUUUUAAACAAAACAACAUUUUAAAUAUGGAAGAUGUGAUCAAGGACAGUGAUGAUAAGGGAUUUACGCUUAAAUUGAAGAGUUCCAAAACCGAUCCAUUCCGUAAAGGAAUCCAAAUUCGUGUAUUCAAAUCUGGCCAAGCUGUAUGUCCAUUUACAUGUAUGAACAAAUAUCUCGAAAUGCGUAAAAUUUGGAACAAUGGAUACAGAUCAUCAGCUUUAUUCAUUGACGAUAGUGGCAACCCGUUAACAAGAAAUUUCUUGGUGAACAAAUUAAAAUGUAUCCUUCAAAUGUUAGGUUACAAUGACGAGCAGUACAAUGGGCAUUCCUUCAGGAUUGGGGCAGCAACAUCUGCUGCAGAAGGCCAAGUGCAGGACCAUAUGAUUAAAACACUAGGACGGUGGAGUUCAGAUUGUUAUAAUAGAUAUGUAAGAACUGAUGACGACACUCUAUCGCGAGCGCAACGAGCUAUGUGCCACAACUGAUGUUCUAUAACUGUGAUAGUACCAGUGAAAAAAUUCGGAGACAGUGAUCAAAUGACAUUUCAUUCGUGUGUUUGCUAUGUACGGAUAUAUGAUAAUAAUGUGACGCUUGUACCAGCUGUAUAUAAUGUAUGCUUCAUCUUAAACCUUUAGACUAGUUGAAGCGCAAGUUGCGCUUUAUGAUGUACAUAUGUUAUCUUUGUUUUGUACACAGUAACGAUGUAGUUUUCAUUAGAAUAGUUAGUUUCACGUUUUUUUAUCAGAUUAAGGUGGAGGUUUAGCAACGAUAUAUUACUUCCUUUUGGGGCUCUCAGCUAUUCCCAGUAGGUGCAGGCUUAACUGGCAAUAUCUUCGUUUGGGCAUAACACAUUGAAACAAUUUCAAUGUUCUACCCCAAAAGAAAUAGUUUAGGAAACACAAACCAUCAGCAUUUUACACAUGCAUGUUUACAUAGCUAUAAUGACCAUUUACAUAUUACUGGGCCAUCGGCCACUUAAAUAUUACAGGGCCAUCGGCCACUUACAUAUUACAGGGCCAUCGGCCACUUAUACUCAAGGCCAUCGGCCUCUCACCAUUACAUGCAUGGCCAUCGGCUAUGCUCUUAGCAAGCAUUUCAGCUUAAGUUUUCAACUUCACUGAUGUUGUUUUAAUUUGAGAUGUAUGUUAGAGUUGAUAUCUAUCUUGGAUGUUAAAAAUCAUGCAUGUGUUUUUGAUGUAUCUUGUUAUUCUGUAAUCCGCUGAGUAGUACCCAAAAGGCAAAGUUUGAAUAAAAUAUAGUAACUUUU